AUGGGGGCUGCUUGGAAGUCAGCGUGGACUAUCUUCCAGGUGAUGGCAUUCACGCCCUCGACACACGCUCUCGCUCUCCAACACGACUUGGCGGGGGCCGACGUGCCGGACGAGACCGGCGCCCUUGAGAGGGUGUUCGCGAAGCUCCAGGCCACAGCGACGGCCCCAACUGCACGGUGGAUCAGAAUGACUGCUACAUCAGGACCGGCGGGUUCAGUGGAGUGCGUCAUCAAUGAGAUCGCAUUUUACUCCGAUGGAGGCUUCCUUGCCCAAGUGUCAUUGAACGCCGCCAUAUUCUCGGGGAUGGGGCCAUCCAUUGGUCAGUGUUCUGAAUGUAACGGGUUUGAGUGCAGGUCCCCAGACUGCUCGCUUUCCAACAUCAUGGACGGGAGUUGGGCCAUGUCGGGUUCGGCAGGGACUUAUCAUUCUUUCUACACCAUUGGAACAGCUUGGUACUUCGAGUUUGUGACCGCUACGGCCGUAGGUGGGAUGAAGAUGACCACAGCAGACUGGGGCACAGUGUCAUUCAAGCUUGAGGCAAGCAUUGAUGGCAUUACCUGGAGAGAUUUGGCAGUCUCACCAAGUACAACUAUUAAAGGAGCUGCUAUCGAAUACUUGAUCUCCGAGCCUCCCACGGCUUCCCCCACGCCGGCCCCGACGAGCCCGACCUCGUCCCCGACGCCCAGUCCGACGAACAGCCCGACAAGCAGCCCGACCUCGCCCCAGACGCCCAGCCCGACGCCCUCGCCGACUGACACCAGCCCCACGCCGAUUCCGACAGCGCCCCCGCAAGUUUCCGCGUCUGGCGAUCCUCAUUUGACGAACGUCUACGGUGAGCGAUUUGACCUGAUGCGGCAGGGCCAGAUCUUGCUCAUCAAUAUCCCACGUGGAAAACCUGUGGAUUACGCGCUGCUCGUCGUGCAGGCCGACGUGCGCCAAAUGGGUGAGCAGUGCGCGGACAUGUAUAUCCAGAGGCUGAACAUCACAGGGGCGUGGGCGGACGAGGCGCACGCCGGCGGCCUCACCUUCGAUGCCAAGACGGCGCACGAGGCAGGCGCCGGGUGGGCGAAGUUCGGCCCGAUGGAGCUCAAAGUCGCCCACGGGCGCACGGAGAGGGGCAUCCCGUACCUGAACUUCUACGCCAAGCACCUCGGGAAGGCUGGCUUUGCCGUCGGAGGUCUGCUGGGAGAAGAUGAUCACACCGAGGUUUCGACGCCCGAGGCAAAGUGCGGCAAACAGGCAAUAUCCCUUUCGCGUCUUUUCGGAACGACGCGUGUAGCGCCGAGUUCGGCUCCGAGUUCUGUCGCGGUGGCGAGCUUGGACUGA